AAUAGGUUAAGUAAUUGAUUUGAUAAUCAUAAAAACAGUGAACUGAUUAACUGAAGAAUCUUCAGUUCACUGCAUAAAAAUGAUUGUUCCCAGAAAACUUAUUAUUGAGAGCCUAAGAUAUUUUUGUUAUAAAAGUUCUAGAUUUGGAAGAUACAAGUUAGUAGAGCCAGGAAAUGUUUCUGAACCUCUAUUAAUUCCCGAUGAUGUUGCAAAACCUAGUUAUUACUCAACAGGAGAACCAUCUGAAAGUAUACAUAAAAUUGAUAUAAAAGACCCUAAUCAAAUAUUGCUAAUGAAAAAGUCCUGCACACUUGCAGCAAAUAUUCUGAAAACAGUUGGUGAAUGCAUCAAAAUUGGACAAACUACAGAUGAAAUAGAUAAGUUAGUUCAUAAACUUGCUAUUGAAAAUAAAGCAUAUCCAUCACCUUAUAAUUAUAAACGCUUCCCUAAAUCUGUUUGCACUUCAGUCAAUAAUGUUGCCUGCCAUGGAAUUCCAGAUGAUCGGCCGCUGGAAGAUGGAGACAUUAUAAAUGUUGAUGUUACGGUUUUUCUUGAAGGCUAUCAUGGAGAUUGCUCAAAAACUUUUUUGGUUGGGAAUGUAGAUGAAAUUGGCACAGAUUUGGUGGAAUCAACAGAAGAAUGCUUGAAUAUGGCCAUUGAAAUAUGUAAACCUGGUCGCAGGUUUCGGGAUUUGGGAGAAUAUAUAUCAACGGCUGCAAAUUUAAUGGGUUUUAAUGUGAUACCCGCUUUCAUAGGCCAUGGAUUGGGUACUUAUUUUCAUGGACCUCCUGAUAUCUAUCAUACAGUGAAUAAUUAUCCUGGAGUAAUGGAAGCUGGAAUGACUUUCACAAUAGAGCCAAUUAUUGGUCAAGGAACGGAAGUGAUAGAGAUAUUGGAAGAUGGAUGGACAGCAGUGACAAUUGACGGCUCUAGAACCGCUCAAUUUGAACACACCAUUUGCAUUACAAAUAAUGGAGCUGAAAUUCUCACUAAACCAGAUUAAUGUUGAAUAGAAUCUUUGUAUUUUUUCAAUAUAGUGAUGUUUAAAAAAUUUUA